GGGACGCGGGGACAGCGGCCUCGGCACUCUCGGCGCGGAUCCUGGUGGGGAGCAUCGGCAGCGCCGCCGCCGCCGCCGCCGCGUUGGGCAAUGGAGGAAGGGGACGCCACCGCCCUCCGCCCGUGAUCCGUCGCCGCCCGUGAUCUGUCCCCACCGAGGACGAUGAUUCCUAUCACUGAAUUCCGCCAGUUCUCUGAGCAGCAGCCAGCCUUCCGGGUGCUGAAGCCAUGGUGGGAUGUCUUUACAGACUACCUUUCCGUUGCCAUGCUGAUGAUUGGCGUCUUUGGUUGCACGCUGCAGGUUAUGCAGGAUAAGAUCAUAUGCCUUCCAAAAAGCGUGCAGCGUCCACAGACCAAUUCUCACCUUCCCAAUAUGUCAAAUCUAGACUCUGACACAACUCCAUUUCUUCCACCCAAGCCAUCCACACCUCCUGCCACCGUUGAAAUGAAGGGCCUUAAGACUGACUUGGACCUCCAGCAGUACAGCUUCAUAAACCAAAUGUGCUACGAGCGUGCCCUGCAUUGGUACGCAAAAUACUUCCCUUACCUUGUCCUCAUCCACACUCUGGUGUUCAUGCUGUGUAGCAACUUCUGGUUCAAAUUCCCCGGGUCGAGCUCCAAAAUCGAACAUUUCAUCUCCAUCCUGGGGAAGUGCUUUGACUCUCCUUGGACGACGAGGGCUUUAUCAGAGGUCUCUGGAGAAGACUCGGAAGAGAAGGACAACAGGAAGAACAACAUUGGCAGGUCAAACACAGUCCAACCUAGCGCAGAGGGAACUUUGGUCCAGGCUCAGUCUCUGAGAUCCAUACCUGAGAAGUUCAUUGUGGAUAAAGGGACGCCGGGAGCACUGGAUAAAAAGGAAGGAGAACAGGCCAAAGCGUUGUUUGAGAAAGUGAAGAAGUUCCGGCUUCAUGUUGAGGAAGGGGACCUGCUCUACGCGAUGUACGUUCGUCAAACGGUGCUGAAGGUGAUUAAAUUUCUUAUCAUCAUUGCCUACAACAGCGCCCUUGUUUCAAAGGUUCAGUUCACUGUAGACUGCGAUGUUGAUAUCCAGGACAUGACCGGUUAUAAGAACUUUUCUUGCAACCAUACAAUGGCGCAUCUGUUUUCUAAGCUUUCUUUCUGCUAUUUGUGCUUUGUAAGCAUCUAUGGAUUUACAUGCCUUUACACUUUGUAUUGGCUAUUUUACCGCUCGCUCAAAGAAUACUCUUUUGAGUAUGUCCGGCAAGAGACUGGCAUCGACGACAUCCCAGAUGUCCGCAAUGACUUUGCGUUUAUGCUACACAUGAUAGACCAAUAUGACCCACUUUAUUCCAAGAGGUUUGCUGUGUUCCUUUCCGAGGUCAGCGAAAACAAAUUGAAACAACUUAAUCUGAACAACGAGUGGACUGCAGAGAAGUUGAGGCAAAGACUGCAGAUGAAUGCCCAUAACCGUUUGGAGCUACAGCUCUUUAUGCUGUCCGGACUUCCCGACACGGUUUUUGAAAUAACAGAGGUUCAAGCGUUGAAAUUCGAAAUAAUUAACAAUGUCAUGAUACCAGCCACCAUUGUGCAGUUGGAUAAUCUCCAGGAGCUCUCAUUGUACCAAUGUUCAGCCAAGAUCCACAGUGCAGCCUUGGCAUUCCUGAAAGAAAAUCUGAAAGUCUUGAACGUCAAAUUUGAUGACUUCCGAGAGCUGCCACCUUGGAUGUAUGGGCUCAGAAAUUUGGAAGAGUUGAACUUGAUUGGUUCUUUGUGCCAUGACAUUUCUAAAAAUAUAACUUUGGAGUCUUUUCGAGAGCUCAAGAACCUGAAAGUUCUGUACAUUAAAAGCAACCUGUCCAAAAUCCCACCGUCCGUGGUUGAUGUUUCGAGUCACCUUCUGAAAAUGUGCAUCCACAACGACGGCACUAAGCUGGUGAUGCUCAACAGCUUGAAGAAAAUGGCCAACUUGACCGAACUAGAGUUGGUGCAUUGCGACUUGGAGCGCAUUCCCCAUGCUGUGUUCAGUCUUGCCAGCCUCCAGGAAUUAGACCUGAAGGAAAACAACCUCAAAUCAAUAGAGGAAAUUGUUAGCUUUCAACACCUUAGGAAACUCAUUGUCCUCAAGCUGUGGCACAACAGUAUAACCUACAUCCCUGAGCACAUAAAGAAGCUCUCCAGUCUGGAACGGCUUUCUUUCAGCCACAACAAGAUAGAGGUCCUCCCAUCCCACCUCUUCCUCUGCAACAAAAUUAGAUACUUAGACUUGUCUUUCAAUGACAUCCGGUUCAUUCCCCCGGAAAUUGGGGUGCUGCAAAGUUUACAAUAUUUCUCAAUCACUUGCAACAAAGUGGAGAGUGUGCCAGACGAGCUCUACUUCUGCAAAAAACUCAAGACGCUGAAGAUUGGGAAGAACAACUUGUCCGUUCUCUCGCCUAAAAUUGGGAACCUGGUAUUACUGACCUACUUGGACAUCAAAGGAAAUCACCUGGAAUUCCUCCCCCAUGAACUCGGUGAAUGCAGAGCGCUGAAAAGGAGCAGCCUGCUGGUCGAAGACGCCUUGUUUGAAACCUUGCCCUUAGAUGUCAGGGAGCAGAUGAAGGCAGAAUAAGCUCAACCCUCUUAGGUCUUUUACAGCAGGGAUGCAGAAACUUUUGGCCCUCCAGAUGUUACAGGACUCCAACUCCCAUCAGCCCCAGCCAGCAUGGGCAGAAAUCAUGAUGAAUGCACAACAAAGAGCAUGCCUGGAAGGGCCUUCAAACCACGUAGUCUGGGGUCUCCAACCCCACCUAAAUGUGCUUUACAAAAUGAUGCCCAGACUACAACAGCCUUCUAGUCACUUUGGACUCCAACUCCCAUCAUGCCCAGCCAGCAUGGCAAGUGGCCAGGAAUGGUGGAUUUUGUGGUUCAGCAGCAUCUGGGAGCCCACAGGUUUUUCAUCCCUGUUUUACAGAAACUCGUCUCUGUCAAAUGCCUUGUACAUCACGAGCUAGCCUGAAGAUGCCUUUAAAGUCUAUUUUUUAUUAUGUUAGUGGUCCCUUUGUAUGGACAUUUUUGGACUAGGUUGUAUAUGUGUAUGUAUAUUUUAUAUAUAUAUAUAAAUUUUACUUGGUUUUCCUCACCCAACGGUGUUUGUAACUGUUCGAAUUUUUAUUUUGCCUUGAUACGAAUGGGUCUCUGUAGUUCUCAUUUUGUACCAGUGAAAUCAAGUUGCUUGUCUGCCUUAAAAAAAGGGGGGGGCUCUCUCCAAAAAUAGGGUCAGUAUGUUUCAGGGCAUUGAAUGAAGGUUACCUAUGUGAAGGUAGAUGAAUGUACAGUUGCCAUAGCAACUCUACGCCAUUCGAUUCAGUUUUGUGUAUCAGCUUAUCCAAGACGGGGGAACCUGUUGCCCUUCAGGUGUUGCUGAACGACAUUCUCUCAUCAUCCCUGACUGAUGACUAUGUUGUCCAGGAUUGAUGGGAGUUUGGAGUCAAGCAUCAUUCUAACAGAUUCCCCAUGUCUAAGGCACCAAGUACCCUCUUUCUUCUUCUUCUUCUUCUUCUUCUUCUUCUUCUUCUUCUUCUUCUUCUUCUUCUUCUUCUUCUUCUUUAUCCUAGUUGUGGGUAACUUUCAUUCCCUGUUCCAGAGACUUCAUUUUGACAAUAAAAUAAGUCAAUCCUGUUUUUGUGGCUGUGGAUCGAACCUCUGCUGCCAUGGCUGGCAAACAGGAGCCUUGUUCCCUUGAAGAUUCUAAUUUAUUAAAAUAAUGCUUUUGGCUAGGAUUCCGCUCUCUGUAGUGGUGCCAAAUCUUUGAGUAACCUUUUCCAUCUUUGGGAUUUCCAGCCACGGUCAGAACCCUCUACUAGAGGUUGUGUUCCAACGAAAGGUUGUAAUGUGUAUAGUGGAACUUCCGUUUUCAAGCGUCUCGGAAGCCAAACGUUUCGGAAGAUGAACACCAAAAACCCGGAAGUAAUUGCUUCCAUUUUCGAAUGUGUCUCGGAAGUCGAACGGAUUCCGAGGUGUGUUUUUCAAUUUUCUCAAUGAAAGUUGCCAACUGCCCUUUGCUGCUGAACAUUUUGGAAGAUGAACAGUCUUCCGGAAAAGAUUUCAUUUGACAACCAAGGUUCCACUGUACUGUGUAAAUUUUCUCUCCUGUCCUAACUUCUUCUUUUUUUAAGUGUUGGUUCUCCCCAAUGUACGUCAGAAGAUCUUUGCAAGUCACAAUCAUGUAGCCAAUGAAUCAGCUGAAAAACGCUUGUGAAUUUCCUAUCGUGAAUGCUGUUUGCGAUUCUUUAAGGACUGGUGUACCCCAUAGAAUAUACGUAGAUGUCAAAUUGAUGCCCACUUAAUUGUUGUGGCUUACCCCUCAAAGAACCCUGCAAAUUAUUGUUGGUGGAGAUGUUGAGAAUUGUAUUAGGGAUUUCCCUCGCUUCUUUCAUGGAAUGACAGUAUCUAGGGGUCCCUGAGGAGAAGGAAUGAUGGUGUUAUUGUGAACUGCCUACCAUAGAACGGAGGCAGAGACAUAAAUUGAUUAUUAUGACAUUACCCAUCAAACUCUGAGGCAAUGUCUGGCUAGAAAUGCCCUCAUUAGAAAAGUUGUAACCUCUCCAAAUGAAGGUUGUGAUUGUAUUCAUGUUUGCCUGGGAGGAAAACACUGAACUCAACAGAACUCACUUUCACCAAAAGAUGUCAUGCUACAGAGAAAAUCUGAUAUUUCUGCUUAAACUUUAUUGGCAUUAUAGAGGGACGGGUGAGUGGAGUACACAAGAUUCAAUGUGGUUUUUUGUUAUUGAAGUUAGCUAUCAAUCAUAUCAUAAAACUGGAGGCCUAUUUUUAAAUAAGUAUAAGAACAAUUAUCCGUAAUACACAAUCACUGCUCCCCAAUCCAGCAAAGUUAAUUUAGGAUGACGCUCUGAUCCAGCCAACUUUCUCCUUCUCUUUGAUUUUCAUUCAACUCAUUUCAUCCUUAUCUGUAAACAAGUCAGAGGUUGAAGCGAAACACCGCACGUUCUACGGUUCUGAGGUUCACCGGGUUGUGAGGAAGAAAACAUUCAUUUUUAAAAGUACAAAUCUAAUGUAAACCAAAGCACUGUCGCUACUAAUAAAUGUAAGCCCCUUUAACAUGCCUGCUCCACCAGUGACUUUCUGUAGUCACCUGCUGUAGAUUAGAAAUCUGAGGCUAUGGUAAGGCUGGGAGCAUUGGAGGAAGAGGCUGUGGCCCUAAACUAUGGUUUGCUCCCACCACAAGGUCUGGCUGCAUAUCGCCAAUAAAAUCUAGCAGUGGUAAAGCUGAAAGGUGCUGCUUAUAUUCACAUCCGCAACAUACAAACACAACACUCUUAUACCACUUGAACAGUCAUGGCUUCCCCCAAAGAAUCCUGGGAACUGUAGCCCUCCUUAACAAACCAUCAUUCCCAGAAUUCUUUGGGGGAAGCCAUGACUGUUCAAGUGACCAGUGUUCAAAACUCCCAUUGUUCUAGGCGUAUUAUGCGACCGGGAAUUUCAUUAGCACGAGCAGUUUCUGAGCUCUGGGCGCAGUGCUGCUCCUAAGAUUUCCGAUGAAAACUGCAGAGUGGAAAGAAAGGAGGACCUUUUUCUGCCUCCCCUCCCCAGCCCCUCUCUGACGACCAGAGAAGAGACCCUCUUAAGAAUAUUAGGGGGGUGGGCAGGGGAAGGACUAGACCCUGCGGAAAAUGAACAUAAUAUUUUAGCUGCCGUUCAUUCAUUUUCAGCUUUGUAUUCUUGUUAUUGAAAAAAGCUCACCUGGACAUCCCGUUGUUGCGCCCACAACCUCGGUUUAAGGCGCCAUUUAGCUCCUAGCUUUCAUAUCUCAGUUUCUAACACUGCAAGUGACACAAGAGUGCUUUGAGUGUAUGACAUAGAUGUGACCUGUGUCUUAAGUUGCAUCAGUGUUUGCGGGAGCCAGUGUGGUGUAGUGGUUAAGAGCGGUAGACUCGUAAUCUGGGAAGUCGGGUUUGUGUCUCUGCUCCUCCACAUGCAGCUGCUGGGUGACCUUGGGCUAGUCACACUUCUUUGAAGUCUCUCAGCCCCACCCACCUCACAGGGUGUCUGUUGUGGGGGAGGAAGGGAAAGGAGAAUGUUAGCCACUUUGAGACUCCUUCGGGUAGUGAUAAAGCGGGAUAUCAAAUCCAAACUCUUCGCUGUAGGUAAUAUGCACUGUAUCUACCUGUGAAUAAGGGCUGGUUCACACAAACAUUAGUUGGAUACACACACACAGGGAGAGAGAGAGAGAAAGAGAAUUGCAAUCGAAAUUAUUCAACCCCCAUUGCAGAUGUGAGACUGGAGAAGCCAGUAUAAGUUGCGUUUUCAACUGAAUUUGGGGGAACCACUUGAAGCAUCCAUUGUGUUGUGCUCUUUCCGCUUUCGUUUGAUUUGCUUAUUGCAAACGGUGGAAAGUCUGCAAACCUUGAUAAUAAGCCCAAUUUGCAAUGGGGGUUGAAUAAUUUCAAUUGCACCCACCCACACCCCUACAUGGAGGGACAUGGGAAUAACCACAAUACAUUUUCAUUAGUAUUUUGUUUUGAGAUUUGGGCCUGCCAUGUUCUUCACACGCUGGAAGGUCAAUGCAUGCAUUCAUUGUACAGACAGUGGUUUGUAGCCAAUACUAGUCCUGUUCAGUGUAGGCAUUUACAUUAACUUCAGUGGGCCAACUCUGAGUGGGGCUGGCUUUGGAUACAGCCCAGAAUCUUGGUCUUGCAGUUGUGUGAACCAAUCCCCAAAACUGCUGCAGUCAGUGAACGCAUUCAGUCCAGACGACAGCUCUCUAGUCACUGACUUUGGAGAACUUCCAUUAGCUUCUGGAGUUUCUUCAAAACGAAUGAAUUAAGGAGUGAGCUUUCCUAAAAAUGCCUCUUCCUCGUGUAUUGAAAGCAUUUAUUGUGGUUAACAGUGUCUUGUAUGUAUUUUACAGCACAUUCGAUCCGAACAGCUGAGGGGGAAGCGGGCAAAGAGGCAGAGUUCCCGCCUCCACUCUGUUUAAAGGGGGGUGAGGCCCCGCCCCCUAGCUGACCUUAUUGGUCAGCCCGGGCGUGAUGUAGGCGGGAACUCCCUGCACGCGAGGGGCUGGGCUCCCAGCCCCAUCGCAAGAGUGCAGAAGGGUCCUGCCCACAACACCACCUCCGUUGGGAUGCGGAAGUGGUUUUGUGGUUAACAGUGUCUUGUAUGUAUUUUAAAGCACAUUCUUUUUCUAAACAGAAGUUGCAGGUGUUCCUAUUAGCGCCAGUUUUUAAUGUUUUAUAAUUGUUUAAAAUUAUUGGUUUUUUAAAA